UGUUAGAGGGAAAGCAAGCAAGCAAGCAAAUUUUGUCAGCCAUAGCGAACUAUAUAUGCGAGCCCCAAAGGCAAAUCUGUGCUUCAGAGUUGUGCAUUUUUUUCCGAGUUUCCUGCCUAGGAGUUGUUCUGUCAGGCUCUCCUAGACCUUGCCGCCUGCAAGCAUGGCUGCGGCUACUCGAAUAAAUUCCUCCACUGCCGUGCUUGAGUGUGGCCGGUUGCGCGAGACGGAGGGGCGUUCUGCUUCGUUAGCUGCGUCCUUCAAUGGCUUCAGGCGUGAGUCCAAGACAGCGCUACCAUCACCUCUUCCCUCCAUCACCUCCUCCCCAUCAAGCCGCAUUAUCCGCCGCCAUGCACGGUAUACAGUCGCACGUGCAGCAGGGAGGAGUGAUUCCUCUGAUUCAUCAGCUGCUCCGCUCGCUACAGUCACUCAGUCCUCCUCUACCCCGGACCUGUCUUCCGCUACUGCCGCUUUGAAGCGCCUCCAAACUAAUCUCACUACAUUCACACAGUCCGUCUCCACUCAGGAUCUGCCGCCUGCUAUAGCGGCUGCUAAGCCUUACGCUCCAGCCGUCCUAGGAGCGGGAGCGCUCGGUCUUGCGUCGUAUUUAAUAGUCAGGAAGGUUACAUCAGGUCAACCAGAAGCGGGAGCGGAUGCAGAAGCAGCUCCUCCCAGUGGCAUCGUGCCACGUGCCAAAAAAGCCGCGAAAACAGCGCUAGCGGCGAUGGCGGCGACUUUCCCGCGGGCCAUGCAGGAGGAGGCCUUCAUGAAGGCCGUGAGCCAGGAGCUCAGCAAGAUGGGCUUCAAAAAGGACAACUGCAUUGCGCUUGUCUCGACAUGCCGCGACGAGGUGUGCCGGCCGGUGGUGAGUCUGGUGGACCGUGAGUUCGGGCUGUCCUUCAACAUCGCCGGGCUGGGAGGCGUGCUCAACUGCGGGGCCACAGGCUUCAAGGCUGCCAUGUCACAUUCGCCGGAGUUCCCCUGCGAGACAGAUGGGACCGUCAAGGAGCGAUACAUCUUCUUUGCCUUCCCUCACGUGUCUAUCGGAGAGUCGGGGGAUGUCGGUUCGCUGCUACGCCGCGGGCGAGGCAAGCCGUCGAGUGCAUGUGGCGCAUUGAUCGCCAUUCAGGGCGACAUCAACGCGGGCAAGGCCACAGUGUCAGAUCCAUAUGACGAGGAGUAUGUACUGCUGAAGAAGAAAGUCAAGUCACUGAUUCUGCGGCGGGGAGCUGGCGAGUAUUCGUUGGUGGAGGUGACUCGUGCUGCGCUGGCAGCUAUCAAUGAUGACCUGGAAAAGCUCAUCUCACUCACUGUUGACCCAGCCACUGCUGACUAUGGGGUGGUCACAGGCGUGCAGAUUCAUUCCGGCAACCAGAUUCCUGGAGAGCCGUUCCGCAUCGAGCGCACUUGUGAUUAUAUCGCCCCUGAUAUGAUGUAUGCGGUUGUCAGAGGGCAACGCUAUGACCUGCAGCUAGAAGCCAACAAGGAGGAUUUGGCAGCACACUCUAGUUAGAGCCCACAACCCUAAAAGUUGUUAUCACGCUCAUUGUGUGUGCUAUAGAGACACUACAUUUAGACACCUUCCCACAAUGUUGAAGUUUUGGGGUUUGUAUAUUGCAGGGCAUUGAUUUGGAUACUUAGAAAACGUGG